AUGCCGUUAGAAAUAAUCGAGCGGCUCGAUCCAUUGACAACGCUCACGCCACGCAGCGUGCUGCUGCAGCCGUCAUAUGUACAUUACGCAUCCCUGAUCCAGCCCCUGGCGGACAGGCUGCGGACGACGGCGCGGAAGACGGCGCACUUGUACAUGGUCUACGGUGCGACGGAGCACAUCUACAAGGCGUGUGCGGCACAAGCCGACUAUAAGAUCACCUGGAAAAGGACGCAGCAAGUGGCUCAGAAGGAAAGGGCCCUUAGCCAAAAGACUGCCGCCCGCCUCCUGGCCCUUUUCUUGCCGGACAACUUUGGCGACGGCGACGAGGACGAGACCCGCAUCGGCUACCUCGGCUUCAAGGGCAAGUGGCUGCAGCUUGGCCGGCCGCGGCGGCAUUCAUAA